CGUUGCCCACGAAGUGUGAGUAGAUCGACCAAUCAAGAAAGAGAAUUAUUCGAGAAUUCUCGCACGAAUCGACGACCCGAUCGAAUCGUACCGUAGGGACACGAAGAAGAACCCUUUCUUUCAAAUUUCAAACCCUGCAUCUUCUUACAUACUCAUAUGAUGUGAGGGUACGUACAUAUCUUAGAAGGGCUCCCUGUUUAUUGUUUAUGUUUGAUGUUUGAUGAGAAAAAGGGGCGGGUAGCGCGUAGCGGGUAAAGUACGUACCAAGUACUCGUAUCAGCCAGCGGAUUUACUUUAGGACAGUCUAGAACGAGUACUCGUUCGUACCUAACGUACCAAACAGUAGGAGGUACGUACAGUUAUGUACCGUACUCCCACCCGCUGCCGCGCCGUGCCCCAUUCCAGUGGUAGUACGAGUAUUGUACUGCACGACUGGUACUGUACAGUGUCGUACUGCUAUGAGAAGGAGAACCAGCAUCCAGCAUCCCCUGUCGAAAUCAUCAAUCAYCAACAAGAUAUUAUUUCAUCAGGCCAAUCAUCGACGGUUCCCUUCCAAAGCUCAACAGAACCGAUUUGUUUUGGGCCGAGGGAUCCACCCUUCUGUAGAAGCAACGCACCGCAUUCGGAUCGUUAGCAACCUUCUUAUCUGGUUUGCAAGCAGCGAGGCAGCAAGGCAUACUCUCGGAUUCUGGAAGUAACCACACCGCACCGUACGCUCCACCGAGUCCAACCGGUUUGGUGUCCAGCCAACACCUCCCGGACGCGUUCGAUACCAAGCAAUUGCAUCUUUUCGACGAACCCAUCAUCUCAAAACGAAACGAAACGAAACGAAACGAAACGAAAACAACCCGAUCUUAAAACCGCAAAGAACGCAACAAAGUCAGCCAUGCCCCGUCGCAAACAGACGCGGGACGCACCCAACCGGCAACCGCCUUCGGUUCCCUUUCCCACGGGGGACCCCGCAGGCAUGGCCGCAAACACCAACAGCAACAACCCGUUUUUCCGAAACAUGGCACCGGUGGACUACCUGGCGGCGAACGACCUUUCCCUGGGGCUGAUGGCCGGAGGCGGGGGCAAUUCGAGCGGGCUCCAGCCGAUCAACGUCAAUGUCAACGUCAACGCCAACGUCAACGCCAAUGUCGGGAUCCCCGUUCCCUCCCCGGACGCCAUCGGGCUGGGUCCCGUGAUGGGUCCCGUGAUGGGUCCCGUGAUGGAUUCCGUGAUGGAUCCGAGGGAAGUUGUUGUUCCCGGCGGGGACCGCGUGAGCAUGGCCGCAAACGUGAACGUAAACAUCAAUGCGAAUCCCCACGGCGUUGGUCCCUACGGCGGAGCCGCUGGAUCCUAUCCCGGUCCCUACCCGGGGCAUCCCGGCUCUCUGGUGGAUCGCCCCCACUCGUCCCACGAGGCUUCCUACAAUCCUUCCCCCCUGGCGGAGGCCGGCGGGGAGACCGGCGUCUUUCGCACCAGCACCACCACCAACAACACAGGCGAGGAUUCCUUCGGAUUCGGCGUCGCGGGCGGGCUGGAACUCGAACCGACCCCCAUCGGGCCGGGGGCAACGGUGGAGCCACCGCGGCCGGCUGCUCCCGCCCCCAUGUAUUUGUCCGGGCUGUCCCCGUUGCCGCUGAGACCGGUCGAGCCGGAGCUGGCGAUGGSCCCGGGAAUGCCGUCCCUCCCCGAACCACAGRCCCUGUUUGCGCUCAACCCCUCGCCGCCACUCGCCGCAAGCAAGCCCCRGGGCAGACCGAGGGGGAGGCCACGGGGCAGGCCGCCGAAGGGGAGACCGAGGGRCAGGCCGCCGGCUGCCAAGAAUUCGACCAAGCGGGCCCCGCAAAGCCCCAAGCCUCCGGCCGAGAAACCCCUGCCGGUGCCGUCUCCCGAAGCGAAACCGGGCCACCGGGAGCACCCGCACGAAUCCACCGGGGCGGCGGACGUGGGGAGUGGAGAGGGGGCAGUGGGCACGCCCUCUUCGGGGCCAGAAGAGCCCCCCGGUCCCGUCCAUGGUGCCAGCGAGCCUGCCACGGACCGGCAGAGUGACGCUUUGAGACCGAAAGGAGCUGGCAGCGUUCCCGAGAAAAGCAGACCCGGGAGCAACACCAAUAGCGAACCGGUUGCGGAGCACCAGGGGGCCAAACCCACGGGCAAGGGGGGCCGCGGAAAGGGAAGCCGGAAGAAAUCCGGGGUAAAUCAUCGAUCCGCGUCGGACGGGGAGCAGCAGCAGCAGCAACCCCUGAACGAUGGCGGGCGAGAAAGCAAGCAAGAAGCCGAUCAAUUGGAACCCAAAAAGGGUGCCACCGAUUCUCAAUCGCAAUCGCUAUCCCAAACCCCGAUGGCCGACGGCGUCCGCAGAAACAGCAACACCAGGAGGAGCGGGGCCGGCCGGGGCCGCGGCCGGCGGAGGUCCUCGUCGUCCCGGCAGUCGCAUUCCGCCGAGGGCACCGACGAUGACGAACCGGACCAAGCCGAUUCCGAGCACGGGUUUGUCUCGGUCGAGGCGCGGACCCGCCGGGCCCGGAGCCGGCUCGUCCCCCGGACCCAGCUCAUCAUCGCCAACGACGACGAGCCGGAGCGGCUGACCAAUCCCCUCCUUGCGAUGGUCCCGACGAACCUGCGCAGGGAACAGAACGAGCUCGCCAAGAAACUGAGGAGGGAUCUGGCAAGCGCGGAGCAGGGAAGCAGACAGGGUACGAUCGGUGGUGGAUCAUCGCUGGUGGCCGCCGCAGCGGCGCUGGUGGCUCGCGGCAGCGGAGGCAGCGGCCGGGGGAGCGGAAAGGGGAGGCGGCAGAGAACCGCCGGCAAGGACGAUUCGCCGGGAAGCAGUGGGUACACAGAGGGGGACGGCGGUGCUCCGAAAGCAACCGGAGUGAUCCCGGUCGAGGAAUUCAUUCGGUCGGCCUCGAUCGUCUUCCACCGGCCCGAUACCUACCCCCUGUCGUUCCUGGCGCGGCUCCUCGGAUUCGAUGUGGACGUACCYGAUUGCACCGAGAUGCUGGUGCCCAGCGGCGGCGACACAGCAAGCGCUGGCAAGGAGGUAUCACCGAGCCUCCCCAGGUUUCCGACGCCACUGCCGGAUCCCCAGACCCUGCCCCUGCGCAAGGACAGAAUGUUUCUUACCAUUCCCAAGGAAGAGAACCUAUUUGGCAACCAGCAACACAUGCACCGUCGGAAGAGGACUGCAAGCAAUCGUUUGGGUGACUCGGACGAUCAGCGGGUUCUCGAUUACAUGGAUCCCAUCUACAAAUUAUUCUUGCAGCACGGAUGGGAAUCCAGUCGCUGCACGGCCGCACCCCGCCCCAAAUGCCUCAAAUUUAUCAACGAACAGCGACAACAAGAAUCGAUCCGGCAGAAAGUAACAGAGAUGGCACGGGAAGUCUUGGGUCUGUCCAGAGACUGGACAUUUCAGGACUGGGGGUCCUUUCAAUCGCAAUCGCAGCGAGAGGAAAGAGAAAGGGAGCAGGCCAAAGUCAACGGGGUUUCGAAAUGCGAUGCCACCGCCGCUGAUGGCAGCUGUGCCAGCGACGAAUUGCARUCUCUAGAAAGUGCCAAGGAAACCCCGGUGCCAAGCUCUUCAACGCUUUCACAGCAUCGCCGCCCGCGCCGCCAAGAUGCUUUGCCUCUUUGGACAAUAGAUGGCAAACAAGUCUUUCGUCAUAUGCCCCAGCAUGUCUUCGGAAUAUUGGCGUUGCACCAGGGACAGCCCRUUGCCCUUCUCAGGUAUCAACUGCAUUGGUACCGAUUGCCAACAUCUAGAACAGCAGAGCACAACCAAGACGAAAGCGGGAGGAGAGAGGACGAAUUGAUCAUGAUUAUCGAUGGGAUUGGGUAUCCAAAAAGUGACCCUGCAGAUAAAAGCGAUGGCACCAAUCGCAGUGCCGAUGGUGCAAAUAAUAGCGAGCCGACUGGUGGAAAAAGCGAAGGCAAUAAAGCUUCGGGCAUAGAAUUGCCCGAAGAAAAAAGGAACAACGUGUGCCUUGAAGACGAAACGACAAAAGGGAUGAUAGAUAAUGUCUUUCGAGAAGCCCCUUCUUUGCCCGUCGAAGCUACGCCCAACGACGAAAUAGAAAUUGUAAUGAUGAYRCUGGCAUUGGAGCACACGAGGGCAUGCGGCGUAUUUUAUGCAGUCUGGGAUACGCCGGAACCGUUUGUGGCAAAAAAUGAAUGUUUUUUCCGUAUGGUAAAGUUGCACCGGAGUGAUACCGUUGAAGUGCCGAAAGAAGGUACGGUACAGAACAGCCAUGUCGAGGAAAAGGCAGGAAGCACAGAUAAGCAUGCAUCAGGGAGCUUCAAGUUUCAACCAAUGAUAUGUGAUUUGAAGAAAUGCAGCUCGCGGCUUGCAAUAUUGAAGCUAAAGGAAGGCAAAGAAAGAGGAACUAGCUACCAUGAGAGACAGAAAGAGGCGACUGCAAAAAACGAAGAUUUUGGUUCGUCCCCGAUGCGUCUUUUAGUUGAGAUGCCAUCUUUCGCGAAGGCUAGCACCUACUUCAACAGUGCCGACGUAUACAUGGACUGCCGUCACUCUAAACGAGGUUUAGAUACAGAAUCAACAUGUACAAAUAUAUAUUCUGGAGCAACAGGUCAGACAAGAGACGUUUCGUUGAAACUAAAAGCAAAAAUCGACCCUAGUGACGAGAGUCAAGUGGGCGUUAAUAUAGUCUAUUCGAAUGAGGGUAGCCAAUGGAGAACACAACCCGUGCAUUCGUCACAAGCAAUGAAAACACCACAACACGCAGCAGAGGGCGAAGUGAAAGAGUGCGAAAGGAAAGGGAAAGGAUGCGGAAAUGAAAAAGAAACUUGCAUUGAAUUGAACGAGAGUAAUUCUGAGGGGCACAUAUCUUGGAACUUAAUGAAAUGCUUUCCAAUCAUGGAUAAGCUUUCACAUAGUCCUGGUGAGGCAGAGAAUGAGAUAUUGAAUAAGCUGACGAUGAAACAAAACGCAUUGAUUGCAAUGGAGGGAUCUUUGGAACCGCAGGCCCGCAGACUUCUUACCAAGACAAUAGAAGAAAGAAUUAAGUAUGAAUCAUCUGAGUCUGUUGAGCGGCGUAGAAAUACGAAAAAUACCUUAAUGAAAUUCCAAGACUACCUGUUUAAACGAAGGAAGAUUGAUCAAGUCCGCCAGGAGCUACGAGAGGAAGACAUGGACGCAGUCUGCUCAAUAUGUCAGGAUGGUGAUGUUUCGCCAGACAACCAAAUUCUCUUCUGUGAAUCGUGUAACAUUGCGGUUCAUCAAAAAUGUUAUGGAGUAGAAAGAAUCCCCGAAGGUGACUACUACUGCAUUGCUUGUCGUCAUUUUGAACGCGAUAAGAUGAUUCAGUCAUUGUCUGAGACUUCGCGUCUGCAAGCGAGGGCCGACCUCUCCCCGUUGCCGAUUGUUUGUGAACUCUGUCCAUCAACUUAUGGAGCUUUUACUCGSCUGCAAAAUCCAAAAGCAGAUUCGGAUCCCUCUGAUGUAAAAUGGGUGCACAUGAUGUGUGCAAAAUGGCAAGGACUAGAUUUUGUAAACAAAGGGGAUGCGUCUCUUGUUGAGGAUACCACUCAACUGAAACAGUCAUAUCGACGCAAAAAUGUAUCUUGUUGCAUCUGCAAAGGGUCGAGAGGUGCGUACGUAAAAUGUAGGGAAUGCGAUAAUUGGUGUCAUAUUACUUGUGCCAGAGAAAGUGGCCUAUGCGAAGUAGUACACGGGGAGGACGUGAAAGGCAUUCCAAUUGAAGACAAUCCUUGGUCGAUACUGUGUCCAGAACAUUCAUCAGUUGAGAAAAAACAAAAGAAUUCAAAGCGGAUUGAAGAGUUGAUCAAAGCUUCGAAARAUCUUCCUGAUGAGCCGGAGCCGCCACCCUUACUCGAGGAAUUAGGACCAUACAACAAGCUMACGGGGGAACAACGCAAAGUGGCUCUCUCUGUCAGAGAAUACGAAGACAAAUAUAUUGCAGAUAUUUUGAAGACAAAACUUUCAGGAGUUAGGUGCGAAGUUUGUGACACUAUCGAGGACAUUCAUGGAAGAAAUCUUUCACGCUGUGAAGUUUGUGGCAGUGUGAUCUGCCAUACAUGUGAGUUGUUUCCAGAAAAUCCUGGCCAGCGAUCAUUCAAGUGCUUUGGCUGUCGUUUUCGAUCAGAAAGAAAGGGUGAAUCAGAACCACAGUGCAGCAUGUGCAAUCAAAAAGGAGGCAUUUUGGUCAAUGCCACCUCGGCUCCAAUGGAUUUUAAGAAAGCUUACUGGAAUAAAAACGAAAGAGAAUUUGAAAGAUCCUUGUACAAAAAAGCAAUGUGGGCUCAUAUAUCGUGCACUUAGUAAGUUUUUCUCUGUUGCAGUAUUCUCGGUUUMUGGAUUUCGCACUUACCUCCCUUACGUAUUUCGUGUUAUUGUACUGAAGUUGGCUCAAGGAUGUGAUGAUUGACCAUAAUGCCAAGACAGUUGAUUUAUCUAAUGUCAUAGCUGCAAAUGGGAAGCAUUUUAUACAGCAUAWUAAUCGCUGUGGACUGUGUGGAAUGAGAAAUGGCUACAAAACGAAAUGUUCCGCUGGUCGUUGCCACGCCCAUGGGGAAAUGAAUAAGCCAUACCACUUCCAUGUGACGUGCGCAAGACAAGUUGGAUUUGAGGUUUCGCACAAUGAGGACGAUGAAUUCAUCGGUAAGUUCAUUUUCAUUUGUCUCUACGGCACGUUAUAGCUUUCAUAAUUGAAGUGUCCUCACCAACACCUUUUAUCUUCUAGUAAAUUGCUAUAUUCAUGGGACYAACGAGAACAACCUUCGUGCAAGACUCGAAGAUUUAAUUGAAAUGGAAAAGAAGCGAGCAGGAAAAGAUUUUUCGAGAUCUAAUGCUCCAAUGAAAUUCAGUGAUGGAAGCAAACUUCUGCAUGGGGGCAUUAUGGUGAUGCGAAUAUUGGGCUGGGCAUGGCGUUGGGCGGAAUGGUGGGUCCAAUAUGGAUCCACAUGGGAACCGCUGUUGGAACCAGGCCAAGAUGAACUUAUGAUGACACCUGAGGAUCUUCGGAUCGUUGAAAGCACAGCAGAAAGCCGCAUGAAUGAUGCAAGAAGAUGCCGUUUGUCUGCGUUCGGAGCGGCUCUUCGGAACCGAUGUUACGAUACUAAAGAUGGAUUCAACAAUGAAGCUUUGGGGCGCGCGCUCCGAGCAAUUCUCCAUACUCAAACCCUUGUAGGUCCGUUAGAUGAAUACGAAAUUGCUUUUUUUUCGGACUUGYUAGCUAGGGCCUAUCGAUCAAAAUCUAGAUUGUUGGGGUUCGGGGAAGACAAAAUACCUGUUGCGAACGAAGCCUUCUGCUUACAUAAACAGGACAAUACCCCCAAGUUYGAAUUAUGUGAUCGUCCUUUACCUGGAAAGCAAGUCCUGCCCCUCGACCAGAUAUACGAAAUUGGCGUAUCAGAGCCAGACGACUUCUUGCUAAGCAAAAAUACUGAAARCGAUGGUCAAGUUGAUCACGAAAUGUGCAAGGAAAUUGAUUAUAAGUACAAAGGAAUGUUGAAAGUCGAUAGUGACUCAGAUGACCUUAGUUUGUCGGCAGUGAUUGAAACAAGUCUGUUUGACAAAGAAAAUAGUUAUAUUUUGACACAACGACGAGGACGCAUACCAAAGAUUAUGAAUCUACAGAUAGUUGUGAAGGUGGCCGGUGAGAGAGUGGAGGCCAAUCAUUCCCCAAGACAGAGACAUAGUGCAAUUGGYAUUUACAAAGCAUCCGAAGAGAAGAUGAAUUUUGAUACUGAAGGGUUUGGACAUCUACCAGCGAAAAAGAUAGAAUUUCUUGAAGAUAUCCAGAUACGAUCACUCGCUCACUUCAUGGCAACCCCGACAACAGAAAUGGCCGGUCCGUACAACACAUGGCGCCGAGAGAAAGGCUUGAACCCUUGCGUUGCUUCCAACACGAUUAAUAAAUGGAAAUCUGACGU